ACUGGAAGGACUCUUUCGCCGAAGUUUGUAGCUUCAUGGCCAAUGUGAAGGUCACAAAUCCCGGAUCAUUCUGGCAUGCAGAAGGCGAUCCAAUUUACACAAACCACUCGCAAAAUCCCCGAGUGAGAAUGUUUCGCAGAAUGUUUUGGACCUUCUACCCGAUGACAGCUGGAUUUGCUUUUUUGAAACCUGUGCUAUUCGUUGACGGGACUCAUUUGUAUGGAAAAUACACAAUGACCUUGUUGAUCGCAUCGGCGAUAGAUGGAAACAAUCACAUAAUGCCACUUGCCUUUGCACUUGUCGAAUCGGAGAGCGCAGCAAGCUAUGAAUAUUUUUUGAGUCAUCUCCGGGAGCAUGUUAUCAAGGAGAGAAAAGUGGCAAUUAUUUCGGAUCGCGCUGGUGGAAUAAUAGCUGUUUUGAAGCGUCCGGAGUGGGCGGGUGUUUCUCACAUGUUUUGCAUAAGGCAUUUAGCGAGUAAUUUCAAUACUCAUUUCAGAGAUAAGGAUUUGAAAAAACUGGCAGAAAAAGCAGGACGUGCUUACCAGAAAAAAAAAUUCACACGGUAUAUGAAAAUUAUGAAGAUCAAAUCGCCUGAUGGGUAUAAAUAUUUGAUGAAUAAGGAAGUAUUGAAGAAAAAUCAGUGGGCAAGGGCGUAUGACGUCAACGGACAACGUCACAAUGCGAUGACAACAAAUUAUGCUGAGUCUGUUAAUGCGACGCUCAAGAAUAUCAGAGGGCUGCCUAUCACCGCAAUGAUUGAAGCUAUUUUCCGUAAGCUUGUCGAAAAAUACAUUUCCCGUUGGAAAUUUUAUAAGUCAUUGAUCGACAAGAACAUUGAGUACACGCCAAUCUGCAUCCAAAUAUUGCGAAAAGCAGGAGACAAGUCUCGUACUCAUGUUGUCCAGCCGUAUGACAUGACCACAAUGACGUGUGAAGUGGUGACUAAGAAGAAUAAUCAUAAUCAAGCCGGCGGAAAUGUCCAUACAGUAAACCUCCAUAAAAAAAAUGCACGUGUGGUAAGUUUCAGCAGCUGAAGGUGCCUUGCUCUCAUGCUAUGGCGGUGUGCUUAAAGGAGAAUUUGAACCCUCAUGACUACAUUGGGUCGCACUAUCGGAACCAAAACGCAAUCCAAGCUUGGAGUCACGUUUUUCAUUCAUUACGUGACCGUGAGCGUUGGAUAAAACCGAACGACCUCCCGUUUGUGCCAAAUCCUGGCUGGGCUAGAAAGAAGGGACGACCAGUAAAUCAACGGUUUAGAAAUGAAAUGGAUCAAACUUAUAGAGAGGACCGUAGCCCAAAUUUUUGUAGUAAAUGUGGAAAUAGGGGCCAUAAUGCCAGAACUUGCACUAAUAGGAUUAGAGAUGCCUAAAAUGAUAAUCUGCCAUGUAAUGUCAUUAUUUUCCUUUCAUGUAAUGUUGUUUUUUUUCCUUCAUGUAAUUUCACGAUUUUCCCUUUAUGUAAUGUCAUUAAUUUGUU